AUGCCAAACACAACUACACCAACUCCUAUACCCACACAAACAACAACUAUUGCUUCAACAACUAGCCCACCAACCACAGCCACCACUACAACAACCACACAAAGCACCACCACCAUUCCCUCAACAACUACCCAACUAACCCCAGUAACCACCACCACACCAAUUUCAACAAACACACAAACUACAACUAACAUUGUAUCAACAACAACCCCACCAACUACACCAAUCACUACACCAACUCCAACUACCACACAAACUACUUCAACCAUUCCCUCGAUGACUACAGCUAUCGCUACACCAACUACAACAACACAAACUACAACCACCACUGCUUUAACAACCUCCAUGCCAACUACAACCACCACCACAACAACAACACAAACUACAACCACCACUGCUUCAACAACCUCCAUGCCAACUACAACCACCACCACAACAACCACAGAAAGCACAACCACCGUUCCCUCAACAACUACCCAACUAACCACAGUAACCGCCACCACACCAAUUUCAACAACCGCACAAACUACAACUAAUAUUGUAUCAACAACAACCCCACCAACUACACCAAUCACUACACCAUCUACCACACAAACUACUACAACCAUUCCCCCAACAACUAUCCCAAUAACUACAACCAUAACUACACCAACUCCUAUACCCACACAAACAACAACUAUUGCUUCAACAACUAGCCCACCAACCACAGUCACCACUACAACAACCACACAAAGCACCACCACCAUUCCCUCAACAACUACCCAACUAACCACAGCAACCACCACCACACCAAUUACAACAACCACACAAACUACAGCCAACAUUGUAUCAACAACUACCCCAUCAACUACAGCCAGCGUUACACCAACUAUAACUACCACACAAACUACAACCACCAUUCCCUUAACGACUACAGCCAUUACUACACCAACUGCAACAACCACACAAACUAGUACAACCAUUCCCUCAAUGACUACAACCAUCACUACACAAACCACGCAAAGCAUAACCACCAUUCCUUCAACAUCUACCCCACUAACCACAACAGCCACUACGACAACAACACAAACUACAACCACUACUGCUUCAACAACCUCCAUGCCAACUACAACCACCACCACAACCACAGAAAGCACAAUCACCAUUCCCUCAACAACUACCCAACUAACCACAGUAACCGCCACCACACCAAUUUCAACAACCGCACAAACUACAACUAAUAUUGUAUCAACAACAACCCCAUCAACUACAACCACCACCACAACAACAACGCAAACACCCACUAUUAGUUCAACAACUACCCCACUAACUACAGCCACCACUACAACCACACAAAGCACAACCACCAUUCCCUCAACAACUAUCCAACUAACCACAUUAACCACAACAACACCAAUUACAACAACCACACAAACUGCAACUAACAUUGUAUCAACAACAACCCCACCAACUACACCAAUCACUACACCAACUCCAACUACCACACAAACUAGUACAACCAUUCCCUCAAUGACUACAACCAUCACUACACAAACCACGCAAAGCAUAACCACCAUUCCUUCAACAUCUACCCCACUAACCACAACAGCCACUACGACAACAACACAAACUACAACCACUACUGCUUCAACAACUACCCUGCCAACUACAGCCACCACAACAACAACCACAGAAAGCACAACCACCAUUCCCUCAACAACUACCCAACUAACCCCAGUAACCACCACCACACCAAUUUCAACAACCGCACAAACUACAACUAACAUUGUAUCAACAACAACCCAACCAACUACGCCAAUCACUACAACCAUUCCCCCAACAACUAUCCCAACAACUACAACCAUAACUACGCCAAACACAACUACACCAACUCCUAUACCCACACAAACAACAACUAUUGCUUCAACAACUAGCCCACCAACCACAGCCACCACUACAACAACCACACAAAGCACCACCACCAUUCCCUCAACAACUACCCAACUAACUGUAGCAACUACCACCAUACCAAUUACAACAACCACACAAACUACAACUAACAUUGUAUCAACAACCCCACCAACUACACCAAUCACUACACCAACUACAACACAAACUACUACAACCAUUCCUCCAACAACUAUCCCAACAACUACAACCAUAACUAUACCAAACACAACUACACCAACUCCUAUACCCACGCAAACAACCACUAUUCCUUCAACAACCACCCCACCAACUACAGCCACCACUACAACCACACACAGCACAACCACCAUUCCCUCAACAAGUACCCAACCAACCACAGUAACCACCACCACACCAAUUACAACAACUGCACAAACUACAACCAACAUUGUAUCAUCAACAACAACUACCACACAAACUACUACAACCAUUCCCCCAACAACAACCCCAUCAACUACAGCCAGCGUUACACCAUCUACAACUAUCACACAAACUACAACCACCAUUCCCUUAACGACUACAACCAUUACUACACCAACUGCAACAACCACACAAACUACAACCACCAUUCCCUCAACAACUACAACCAUCACUACACAAACCACGCAAAGCAUAACCACCAUUCCUUCAACAUCUACCCCACUAACCACAACAGCCACUACCACAACAACACAAACUAUAACCACCACCACUUCAACAACUACCAUGCCAACUACAACCGUCACCACACCAAUUACAACAACCACACAAACUUCAACUAACAUUGUAUCAACAACCACCCCACCAACUACACCAAUCACUACACCAACUUCAACUACCACACAAACUACUACAACCAUUCCCCAAAUGACUGCAACUAUCACUACACCAACUUCAACAACACAAACUACAACCACUACUGCUUCAACAAUUACCAUGCCAACUACAACCACCACUACACCAACCACAACAACAACACAAAGCACGGCAACCAUUCCCUCAAUAACUACCACAUUAUCCACAGCAUCCACCAUUGUACCAACUACAACAACAACAACAAUUGCUUCAACCACUACACGACCAAAUACAACUAUCCCCACAACAACCACAACAACCCCACAAAGCACCUCACCUUUAAUCUAUUUUUUGUAUAUAAAUCCAACAAACUCAACAGUAGCUACAACCUGCGUGCCCACCACCUCCUCAACAAGUACCCCACUAACCACAACAACUACCAAUACAUCUGUAACUCCAGUCUCAAAUCCAUGUGAGUAUGACAAAGACAGAUAGAGAGGGUACAUUGUACACACUGUUA